AUGGCGCUCCAGGAGAAGUCUGCAUAUGAAACACCAUCUGUGGGGGAGCUGCAGGACUUCCUGCUGGCGGACAGACGCCCCACCGGACACAUCAACCAAGUGUGGCCCAGUGUUUACAUUGGAAACGAGGUAGCGGCGCGUGACAAACCAAUGCUCUUCCAUAUGGGGAUUACACAUAUAGUGAAUGCUGCCAGUGGCCCUCCCCAUGUCAACACCGGGCCUCGUUUCUACAGAGAUAUGGCCAUAGAUUAUUAUGGGGUGGAAGCUGACGAUUCCUCAGAGUUCCUCAUAAGCCUGCACUUCUACCCGACCGCAAGGUUCAUCCGCGCUGCACUGUCGAGGAAAGGGAAGGUGUUGGUCCACUGUCUAAUGGGGGUCAGUCGCUCAGCCACCCUGGUCUUGGCCUUUCUGAUGAUCUGUGAGGGACUGACGUUAAUGGAAGCCGCUCAAACAGUUCGUCAGCACAGGGACAUCUGCCCUAACCCUGGCUUCCUGAACCAGCUCAGACACCUCGACAUGGGCUUAGCCCGCGAAAGGAGGAGGAAACAAGAGGCUUACAAAUUGUAA